AUGGGAGACUGCAGUGAUUUGGACCGGUAAGCUAGAUUUAGAAUUAGACAUUUUGUUUACAUGUUUGCUAGACCGAAAAACCUUUUUGCAGUGAUGACAUUCUUUGUUUUGUUUGCCUGUUUGAUCGGAUCGGUAUAUGGAUAGCUGUUUCAUUCCACUCAAAAUAAACUGUUUUCUUUCAGGCAAAUCGAAAAGCUGAGACGCUGUGAGCUUAUAACUGAAAAAGAAGUCAAGCAGUUAUGUGCAAAAGCGAGGUGGGUUCCGACAUACCAGUAAUAAAACUUCUUUUACGACUUAAUUGUGGGAAAGCAUAAGCUUAAGUUAAAAUACGUUUUGCGAUUGAUGAUUAGUACUGGAAGAGGAAGUCAAUGCUUUACCGCAAAAUGUAAAAUUUUGUAACUAAAUUACCGUGUAAUUAGGCACACUUUCUUGUGGUCUUUCUCAUUUCCGGCGUUCAGAGAAGUGAAACUAAUAUCCUUAUAAGUGCAUCUUUAAAGUGGGGACAAUUUGAGUCAUGAAACUCUGAUUCUUGACUUUAAGUGUGGUAGUUAUUGUAAGUGCACAUAAUAGGAAAGACAAUGAUCUGCAAGGAAAAGGUGUUCAAAAAAAACUCAGACCUAUAUAAACAAGAACGCUCUCAGUAGCGUUGAGUCUCGCUUGUUUGUAGAUAAGAUAAGAAGUGAGGAGGCGAAUAGAGCGCGAGCGUUCGUCACUCGGGGGGGGAGGGGGCGCUCCGCAUAUAAAAGGGCUUGGGAUGCUCGUCGUCUUGCUUAGGCCGGGGUGUAAAUUUCGGAUUUUGGUCUCACUUACGGUGUUCUGGGAAAAACGGUAUUAUAUUUAGCCGUGAAGGUCUUGUUUAGGGUUGCAUGUGAAAAAAUAUAAAAAUACGUGUAUUGUCUGAGUUUUCAGUAACAUACUCUCAGGGGUCAAAAAGCUUGGGCUACGCCCGGGUCGACCUCUUGUAGGGGUUUAAUUCAAAAUUUCCGACGAGCAUCCCCUUGCCUUUCAUAUGCAGAGUCGUCCUCCCCAGGGGUUCGUCAUAAUUCCUCAUAGUCACCGACAGCAAGUGAUAAAGUUGAAUUAUGAUUUCAAUCUACUGCACAGGGUCCAGAGGAGUUGCAUGUGAAUAAAUAAAUUAAUUAUUUAAAGUCUCACCUCGAAAAAUGUUUAUACCUGUCGCUUAGCACAAUUAAUUAGCCCAAUGGGAUCUUUAUGAAUCUACUGUAAAGGAUUUCUUUGCUUUUUACCUGAUCCAGAUCGACUUUGUUGUUCGCCAUUUUGAAAAUCAAUAACCGCAAGCUAUAUUCUCGUUGGUGCACAGCAGGUCGUCCGAAGGGUGACGGAAGACCGCCGCCCGAAGGGCGACCGAAGCGCGAAGUGGCGAGUAAAAAAAGGAUAAGGGAGGAUACUUGUACCACGUGACUUAGUUCGUUGUGAACCGCAUCUCUCGGUGACGGAAGUGAAUGAGACCGGAAACGCAAAAGCAACAGACCGCUGCUAAUUCGAGAAUCAAAACAUCAGCUGCGGAGGGAGUUUUAAAGAUCUUAGAGAUCUAUGCGAAGGCAACAGAGUUUUAAGUGAAGUGAAGAUCUUUCAAGACUGAAGAUUUGUUGGGUACAUGCCAACAGUCUUCGAUGUCUUUAAGCAGGUUUCGCUUGUGUAAAGGCUUCCCACUUCCCAGUCGCAAAACGAACAGCCAAAGACGCAAGAGGUAACAUUGUUGGAACCACCGAAGAAUGGCUCAGUCGUGAUGAUAUUACAGUUGCCUUGUACCUCCGCUCUACUCAGUAUUACGUUUUAUUGCAACAGUACACACGACCUGUAAAUCACUACCCGUAAUAAUUUAAGAUUUUCCAAACAAAACUAAUGAGUUGGGCUUAACGUGAUACAGCAUUGCACAAAAACAUUACAUUCAUGGACUAAAGAAAAUCGCUUAGUUAUUCAGAUCCAGAAGAUACUUUGGAGAAAAUUGGAACCCUCAUUCAGCCGUAAUAAAAAGCUUCACCAUCAUGCUUCAAAAUAGUCUGCUACACAGCCGUUUUUAAUGUCGUCACGCAACGCUCUUCCCCGCUAAUAGCCACAGUAAAUCGAUAUGUGUGUCAUGAUCUCUCAGUGUGAAACAUGCGGGUAAAAUAACAUUUACUCAGUGAAAAUGUAGAACCUUCCAGAGCAUAAUCUACCCAGCAGACGAAAAAAACUUUAUUGGAACGAGCAGCAUUUUGGCAUGAGGUAAAAGUCGUGUAGGUUUACCAUCUUCUUUUAUUGCUCUGAUCUUGAACACUUUUACCUUAGUACGUCAUUUCCGUCAUCAUCUGUUGCGGUGGACAGCAAGUGGACAGCAAACGGAAGUGCUGUCUCGAAGCCGUAAAUUUCGGUCGCCGAAAAUGAAUUUGAAUUCUUUUUUAUGCCGUUUUCCUACAGUAUUUCGCAAAUACAUAAGAAUUCUAGAUCAGGUUAGUCAAAUCAGGCAAUUUCAUUGAAUUUCAUUUGAGUUUCAAAGAUUCCAAAAUCGGCCCAAGAUUUGUUUCCUCGACAUUUAUCAUCACCUGUACAAUAAUAUUAAUGAUGUACGAAAUAUCAAGUUGUUCGUUACAAUUAAGUAUCCAGCAUCAUGAAAAAAGGAAAAGAAUCAGGCUGUUGAACACGAGAGGUAAAUUAACGACGAUUUGCUUGUUGUUUUUUACCUCAUCAUCGAAGUUCUGCUCAUGAACAUUCUUCCUUGUUUCAACAUCUGAUGUAUUCACUUCUUUCAAAGUUAUCAACGCUUUCAAACGACAGAAUUCGUAGAACGAACCAUUCCGAAAACGCUCGACAUCUUUUAGUGUGGGUCUACCACGAAUGGUGUGUGGAUUUGUAAGCGACAUCACCGUAUAAUCCAUUAAUCUUUCCAAAUUUUUCGUCUCAAAACAUAACAUUCGGACAAUUGCGCGUUGUUUUUCGAAGCGUUCACUGAGAUUGAGAGCAUCGUGUCGAUUUUCAUCCCCAGAUUCUGCGCUACCAUGACCCGGAACACGUCUUUACAAAACUAUUCUUUCUGUCACGUUUAGCUGUAUUUACUUUUUCGCACGUGAUCGUGAAGGUCAGAACCAAAUUACCAUAAGAUCAGAGAGAGUUUACAGUUUUACUUUUUGUUAUGUCUGUUUUGCACUUACGAUUUUAUCGGCUUACUAUGUCAUAAGCAUGAAACGUAACCUGUUUUAACGCAAAAGACAAAGUCUGAUUUCUUGCAUGGAAGAAAAGCACUUAAACGUGAUAAACAUUGCGCGUUAUUCCAGUCAUCCCCCAAAAUAAACCACAUGCUCAUCACGAGACUCAUUUCCAUACAAUGAAAGUCGUCACGAUUCUUAUCCCCAGUUUCCACGGUCUUCGCUAGGAACGCGGGACCUACAAACUAGGUCCCACCGAAAAAAAAAAAAACCGAACCGCAUUUUAAGAUUCUCGCUUUGCUAAAGCAAGCGAGACUAAUAAGUAGCUGUCCUUGGUAAAGGAGCAACUGGCAUCUUGAUACCAGACGUAGUGAAUUGAUAAGAAUCGUCAAAAAAUCAUCAUCGAUUUCUAGCAGAAAAUCAUCAACAUUAAUCAAAGUCACAACUUUUUUUCUUUAUCAAUUUCUAUCAAUCAAUAUUGGAAAUCGAUAUUCAUCGAUGAUUGAUAUCAAUUACUCUUGAUUAAUAUCAAUUAUCAGUUUAUCAAUUACAGAACUAGGACUGGCGUGGUAGAGGUUGGCCACUUAGAAUGUAAUAGGUUACCUAAAAGAUUCAGGCAUUUUCCAGUAUUAAUCUCUUAAAGUCUGGGUAAGCAUUUAUUUGAGUGCUGAGAUUGUAAUCCUGAGGACUAGAGUUUGCUCCCCAUCCUAACCGCUAGCUGGAUUUGCUCUUGGUAGUCCCAAGUUGAACUGCUUGGUCAGACUAGUAAAAAUAGUAGGCUUGAUUUCCACUGCUCCCUUGGGUUCUGUCUUUUUCCUGCCCAAAGAAGAGACAUCUGGACUUGAGAGUGGCCGAUCAUGUCUGUGAUGUAAUUUCAAAUUUUAAUCUAUAGUUUCGUUAUGAAAUGUCUGAAAUGGGAAAUGUCGUGAGACACGAAACAUAUGUUGUUUUUGCCUCUUUGUCACUUUGGUCUUCACAAAAAAACUCAGCAGCAAUGCCUACUGAUUUAAGGUAUUUCCAUCGAUCCUGGUUUAGCAAAGUUGGCGGUGAAAUUGUAACAGAAAUGGACCAAAAGGCAUCUUUUUCACAUUUGCUAUCAACAACUGUUGGUGCAGACUGGAAUAAAAUAUAUCAUUGACGAUCCAGAUACAGUUGGUUGAAUUACAGUAGCAUCCUCACCAUUUAUCAGCUUCUCUUACACUUAUUGUUGUGUUUCAAGUUUUUAAAAAAUGUUCCAAAACAGAGUAGGUAAUGAUCCGAUUGGUAGAAAACAACAAUAACAAUUAUUAUUGUACAAUAACAAUUGCCAGUUGGGUGCCAGACUUUGAAGUGCAAGCCCUAGGUUUCAUAGAUGUUAGUUAUGGCCCCAUUAAUAAUAUGUUGCAAUAAUGUUUUGCCCUUGACCCACUAAAUGCAUAUUUGUUCUUCCAACACAGGGAAAUCCUUGUUGAAGAAUCCAAUGUUCAGAAAGUUGAUUCACCUGUUACUGUAAGUGUCUGUUUAUGAAACUGCAGAGUCAGCGUGCAAAGAAAGUAGUGUCCAAUAGCCCGGGGCUAGUGGAAUUUGCUAUCGGGCUAGUGAAUUUUGUUCUUAACUUGCUCUACGGGCAAGUGGAGUUUUUGGAGGAAUUCAAAUUACAGUAGAACUGUGAAAUCAAUAAAUUGUUCUCAUCAAAAUGUUUUUGGGGCUAGUUAAAGUGGCAUUUGGGCUAGUGUAUGCUACCUUCAGCUUGCCUUAAUGGCAAGCUUUAAAAAUGACUUUCAUUGCACCCUGAGAGACUGUGUAAAAAAAGCAGCCUCCAGUUGUUGCAGACAAGUACCUUAACACUUCAGACAAGAGAAAAACUAAAGGCACUUUCCAUUUGUCAGAACUGGCUGGCCAGGCUGUGGCCAGACCAGUCAGUUUGAAAAUGAAAUAGGCUUUGUCCAAAAGUCUUUGCUGAAAAACCAUUUCCCUUGUGCAUGCUAUUAUUUUAGGAUUUGACUGAUCUGGCUGGAGAGUUUUGAUUGAAAGUGAAAUUAACAUUGGGACGGGAAUGGUCUGGCUGGUCUGUUCUGACAAAUGGAAAGUGCCCUAGGUUUACUAUUCCAUGCGUGAAAUGUUUGUCAAUGAGUUUAUUUUAAAAUCAUCAACAUGCAUUACCAUAGGCAAGAACAAUGAAAAUGAAAUUUAGAAAAUGAAAUUUAGAGCAAGGAUAAAACUGAAACACCGCAUAAACAUUUAAAAUGACAAUUUUAAAAUUCUUUUGUCCUUGAGUUUAUUUCUGAUUUUUCCGAAAAUUUGCAAUAAUGUCAAGUGAGAAUGGCAAAUUCAAAUUCUAUUUUUCACUGUGACCUAUGUUACCACCUCUUUAAAAUGUCCGGUAAAGUGUGAAUUGUUCCAAUUUUUGAUUAUCACGUUGUGCCAAGUAUGGGACAUGAGGGCUUGAUAUCUUUGUCUUUCUCUUGACAGGUAUGUGGGGAUAUCCAUGGACAGUUUUAUGAUUUAAAAGAACUUUUUAAGGUAUGGAAAACAAGAGAGAAAUAAAGGAAUCCAAUAAUAUGGUAAAUGGAAAGUGUAUUGUUAACCUGAACACAAAUAAAAGAAAAAACUCUGGUUUUAACAGAAGCAGAAAAUCUGAAGACUUAAGUUAGUUACCAUAAUCAUGUGAGUGUUAAAAUGUUUCUUUUGCCAUGUUAAAGUCCAACACAGUAGUGUAAGAAGCAAGAGGUGACAGAUAAAAAAAUGGCAGUUAACCAGUACCUUCUAAAUUCAGACUCCAAAUAAAAAACUUACCUGACGUGCUUGGCCCUAUUGAAGAGCAUUCUUGAGUGACACCCAAAUGUACCUGAUUAUGUGGAGACAAAAACAAUCAUCUUGUCGGAGUAGGUUAGAACUGUGCACGCAAGACAUCUUUUUCUGGAUGACUGCAAACAAAUUUAUGUGUAACUCAUCAAAUCAAAAAUAGAAGUUGAGCAGUUUUCAUCUUGUUAUCUGCAGCAUCAAUCUAUAGAUAUGGUGAAUGUAGCUAAUUCUGAGAUGAAGACAAGCAUGAGGUCCUGUGAUCUUCAAUGUAGGGGUCACGCUUUACUAGUGCUUUGUAAUGUCUACUCAUGUGAGCAGUCUCUUCAAGUCUGAAUCCUCUACCCUCAGGCAUAUUGAAACAAUUUGUCAGUUUCUGGAUCAACCUCCAAAUUGGACCUUUGUAAACAGUCUAUUUUAUGGUCUCCCUGAUAAAGAAAUCUCACAACCUCAGCAUAUUCAAAACUGAGCCACAUGACUGUUUACAAAGACUAGGAAAGUUAACUUCAUUAGCUGCCCAACACAUAAACAUAUCAUGUUUAACACCCAUGCACAUUACUGAUCUACUUAAUCUUCAUCAACUGCAUCUUUUUGUCUACUUUAACGCCAUGUAUAGUGAAAUACAGUUGAAGCUUAAGCUUUCACAACUGGAACUGGAGCCAUCCACUAACAAGAGAGCUUCAACCGCAAUGAUUAAAAUGUAUACUCUCCCACACAACUGGGAGCCAUGCCAAGCCAACCAUGCACAGCACAAAAGCACAGCACAAAGGAGAUGAUAUACAGCUGACAGGAAACGGAGACUAUAUACAUUACCUACCACAAUAAUAUAUUACAGCACUACUUUAAAUCCUAAAAACCCCAAAAAACAGAUGAAAAGUGGGUGGACAGGGCAGAUCGGGCGAUGGCUGAUGACAGCAAAAACAACUGAACUCUAAAACACCAUGCAACCUGUAGAUCCCCCACUCACUUGAACCUAGACUCCCAGCCGUGUGGGAAAAAAAAAGUUUUUUCACUUCUUUCCCUCCUCAGCCAGGAGAAAACCACACUUUCAUUUAAUUUGUUGUCCUUUCUCUAUUUAUUGAAAUGUAGGUUGGAGGCGAUGUUCCUGACACAAACUACCUUUUUAUGGGUGACUUUGUGGACAGAGGAUUUUACAGUGUAGAAACAUUCCUUUUACUAUUAGCUUUAAAGGUACGUCACAGUCAAUCCCUGAAUGAUUGCUCCAGAUUCACGCUUAAAAUCUAGAGGUAUAUGAUUGGGGUACUGAUCAGAAAGGGGUAUGCUUAUUUAACAGGGCUAGGUCAUUAACAUGCAGUCUUGUGUACUGUUAGUAUUUAUUAAAUUUCUAUGUCAUGGUGCACCAAUUCAAGCAAAUGAUUUGCAGAAUAAUUUAUUUUUUGCAGUCUUUUUGGUUCUAUUAACUACACACUAUUUUCCUGGUCUUUACAUUCUGUACUUUCAAUAACAACAAAUGGAAUGUGCUCAAUGCGACCAGUUUUUCAAGAAAGUAGAAAAUUCAGAUCCAAUUUGUCCAAAUAUCAGAGUAGAUACUGUAGUAUCAGGCGAAGAAGAGAGGAGACUCCAAGUAAACACAAGCUAGCUCGAGGUUUAUUCAAGAUGGCCGACCUCAAACCCAGCAUGCAAUGCAAGCCUAAUCCUACAGAUACAAGUCUUGCUGUUUUUAUUUCACAUUUAGAAGCUCACUGCUUUAAACAAACUCUCAAAAGAAAUACUAGACUUUCAAGGAACAUGUCAACAAACCACCACCUGGAAAGAAGCACUUGCUCAAUAAAUUGUGCCUUGUUACCAAGCAAACAACAUGAACUAGGAACGCAAACUGAACGAUGAUCAAAGACUGCUAUGUACAUGUUAAUAUCUUGCAUUCAGGUUUACUCUUUGUAUUAUUAUUGUAAGAUGAAGAAACCAGUGAAUACUGAGAGUAAAAAACAGAGAAGGCAAAAAGAGUUUUAUGUGGCUACCUUUUGUUAAAAUUUGGACUGCAUAUUAUACAGUGGUGCGAAUUUGAUAUGCACAGGUAAAUAGGUUAAUAACCUACCCCAGUUCACAUCGGGCUAGAGGCCAUGUGAAGGGCGCUUUUCAAUUGAAACAAAUGACACCUUCUUGAAUUAUUUUUCCUUCUACUGUAAAUUUUCAGGAGAAGUCCAGAAGGGGGGCUUUUCAUUUACAGGGAAUCUCAUUUGCAAUUUAGUUAGGGGUGCUUAUUAAAGUGUAAGGCACAUGUAGGUAUAAAAGUUGUUACCUGUUAUAUUGUUCAGUACUAAAAGUAUUUCCCUGUUGUUGCUUUAAGGUGCGAUAUCCAGACAGAAUAACAUUAAUUAGAGGGAACCAUGAGAGCAGACAGAUUACGCAGGUAUGUGAUGUUAAAACAAAACAAGUUGUUGGUCACUAUUAAUAUUAUUGAGGUGGUGGAGGUUAAUGGCAUCAUAUGGCAUGAGUAUAAAUUGCACAUCUAGUGUUAGAUGGAUUGUAAUAAAGUACUUGUAUACUGUGACUGUGUUAUAAUAUGCUUUGACAGGAACUGAAAAAGUAAGCAACAAUCCUUCUUUAUAAAAGGAGUAGAUUAUUUUGUUAUGUACAGGGGACUCGAAAUAAAUCCUCGCAAACUCCCACAAUUAAAUGUGAGUUGUUUUCAGAAGGUGCCAGUCAAAAGAAUAUCCUCUGGCAAGCAUUUGUGAGUGCAUUAGAAUUUUGUGGCAAAAACCUAUGAGUAAAUUAAGUAAUACAAAAAAAGAAAGUGGUUGUCAUGUCAACCACUGGUGAUUGAGGUAUUAUAGAUUUGUCUACUCAAUUCACUCUUAGCCUGGGUCGUUCAAACGUUGGAUAGCGCUAUCCACUGGAUAAAUCACUAUCCAGCAGAUAAGUAUUAUGGAAAUCAAGUAUGUUAUAGCGCUAUCCAAUGCUUGAACAACCCAUGCCAGGACCUUAUUUAGCUGAUGUUUUCAUAUCAGUGGAAACUACUCUACUUAUAAUGCAAAAUAAAUAAUAUACAGUAGAACCCCGGUAACUCGAACUCUGAAGGGAAACAAAAAACUGUUUGAGUUAGCAGGGAAUUCAAGUUAUCCAGGUAACUAUCAAUGAAAUUUUGAUUAAGGGAAAGCAAAUUUGGUUCCAUUUUGCAGGGAAUUCAGGUUAUCCAAGUUUGAGUUAUCGAGGUUCGUCUGUAUAUACUUUGUAUGUUUGUGCUAAAAAAAGACUCCACUCAAAAAUCUUAUCAAGAAACACUUUCAAAAAGUAAAGUCAUUAUAAAUUUCUCUUCAAUUUCAGGUUUAUGGAUUUUAUGAUGAGUGUUUGAAAAAGUAUGGAUCAAUAACAGUGUGGAGAUACUGCACAGAGAUAUUUGACUACCUUAGUUUGUCGGCUAUUAUUGAUGAUAGGGUAAGCUUACUUUUCAUCUGUUUCAUCUGUAGUUGUGUUGCUGACUACAAUUAAUCUUGUGUAACAUGAACAAGAAACAACCUUUUAUGUUCAGGAGUUCCUAGUGAGAAUGAUGGCAAUCUGCUGCUUUCCAUAUUCCAUAUGGGCUGUGUAUAGUGCAUUACACCAAUUUUUAAGACUGAUUUUCAAACAGAUUUCGCUGAAGCUAUUCUGUGUGUGCCAUUAAUGUUUACUUUACAUCUGUACUGGGGCUCUCAUUUGUGUAGAACACUGGAUGUAUACAGAACAUUAUUCCUAAUUGGUUCAUUUUCACUUUGUAGAUAUUUUGUGUUCAUGGCGGUCUGUCUCCAUCGAUUACAACCUUAGACCAGGUAAGGUGUUUUAUUUAUUUACAUUAGUUAUUGGGAAAUGCAUGGGUUUAAAGUGUCAAAAAUGCAAACAGCAACAUAUUACUUGGUUGAAAAACAAAGAUGUAAAGAUGUCCUUCUCUGCCAUAGACUUGAUGGUGCAUGUGCUUAAGUAUUUAUAUGGUGUCAAGGAGAAGUUCUUUUACACUUCAAACUUUUUUACUAGAUCCGAGCAAUUGAUAGGAAACAAGAGGUUCCCCAUGAUGGACCAAUGUGUGAUUUGCUCUGGUCAGAUCCAGAAGGUAAAUAUAUAGUUACACGCUCAUGCUUAAAUGGCAACAUGCUUUCCCUUCACUCUAAGCGAAAUACUUACUGCUUUGUAUAAUUGCCUGGCCAAGGACUGUUUGUGUGGCAAUUGAACAACUAAGGUUGUUUCCAAGCUUUAUGACAAGAGGCUGUAAAAGUUUGAAUUAUCAAAACAUACAGGGAACAUAAAUGUUGUCAAUUUUGCAACUAGCCUGUGGGACUUAUGAGAUUGUUGAAAGCCUAGGGGUCUGGUUUUGACAAAAGUAUCUCAAGAAUGUCAGAUCCAGAGCUUUAUUCCAGCAGUUCACAUUGGCCCCUGGCACCUUAUUAUUGCUCUUGUGGGCUAAUAGGAAAAGGUAGCUUUUUCAUAGAAAUCUAAGCAAGAAUAAGAUGACAAGAAAUGUAAAAUAAGUUUGAAUAUUAUUUUUGUAAUGUUGUAUUGUAAUAACUUCAGACCAUCCUCUUGUGUCAUUCAUAUAGAUCUAUCUUCCUUAAAAUCCUUUCCUCUACUUGAUUUCUUCCUAGUUAUGAAUUACUUUAUGUUUUCGUCUGCCCUCCUCGUCUCACCAAGCUAUUUGCGAGCAGAGGAUGUUUGUGUGUACAUGUAUAUAUGUUUAAAUUAAAUUUAAUUUGUACCUUAUGGAGGUUUAUGAACUUCAAUAAACUUCAACUUCAAUCUGGGCACCCGUAGAUUUAACAGGUUUAGAGCACUGGGCUUGCUUUAGUUUUUCUUAUAGUACAGCCUCGAAUCCCCCUAGGUAUGCCCACCCUCCCUUACCUGAGCUAAGAGAUUGAUAGGUGCUUAAGUAUAUUGAGUUCAUUGCAUGCUUUUACCUAUCAUGACACCCCCUCUCUUAUUUAAUUAUUCUACAGUGUGCAAAGAAAAUCAUUUUUACAGCUUGCCAUUCGGGCAAGUUGAAGCUAGCAUUUACUAGCCCAGACGUCAUUUCAACAAGCCCCAAAAACGUUUUGACCAGCAGAAUUGAUUUCACAGUUCUUUUGUCAUUGGAAUUCCUCAAAAGACAUCACUUGCCCGUCAACAAAAGCCCCAAGUGACUUCUGAUAAACUUUAAGAAGCUCUUUUUCUUAUGUCUUUCUGUGACUUUGAAGCAAAAGGAGAAUUUGACAUGAGAUCGGGAGCUACUUAAAAAGGAUGCUUCCAACCAGAACAUUGUAUUUGCUUGUAAUUUUAGAUACACAAGGUUGGGGAGUGAGUCCAAGAGGAGCAGGAUAUUUAUUUGGCAGCGAUGUUGUAACUCAGGUAUCAGGAAUCGUGUUUGUUAAUCAAUCUUUUGUGUAGAUAAAUAUGAUUCCAUUGAAUCAAAUGAAUUAUUAAUAUAGCUUGUUAGCCACUGGAGUAGCAUGGCCACACCUGCCCGCAGGCCCAAAACAAAGCAUUUCAUUUUAAAGGUUUUAUUGGUCUGUUUUUAAAGACAAUAACCAGUAUUAUGUGGUCUAACAAUCAGAAGAGGGCCCUUGGGAUUUUUUAGCGUUGCAUCAGGCUACUUGGUCAGUUGUUUUUUGAAUUUUUUACGUUUACACUCAUCAACAUGGUAGGGUACAGUGAUGGGAUGUUUGAUUCCUUUAGGAGGUGAAGAAAAUGAAAACAAUUUAUUUAAGUGAAGAAAUUGAUGUUUUGGUUAGUGAGGCCAGUGAAGGUGGAUGUGCAUUUCAUAGCAAGUAAAAGGGUUAAACUUGACCUUUCAAUGUCAAACAAAAAAAAAAUUCAAACUAACUCAAUAUAAUACAGUGUGAAAUGACAAAAUUAAAUAAGCAUUGAGCAUUAAGCAUUGUUAGUGUGCUUGCUUGGUAAGUACGACUAGUUAUGCACAGAUGGGCUCUGAUUGUUUGUUCCCGCUAGUCUUCUUCUUUAUUAAUGACAUUUCAUAAAUUAAGUAGUUUAAUUUUCCAUUGCAUUUGUUGAGGAUAGGAAAAUUAUUGACUAUGAUUGUGUUCACAAAGGUAAUAUUGUAUUUCUACAUACCAUUAUAAUAAUUCUUUUUUCGUAGUUCAAUGCUGCAAAUGACAUUGACCUGAUCUGCCGUGCUCAUCAGUUGGUUAUGGAGGGAUACAAGUGGCAUUUUAAUGAGACAGUUCUUACUGUUUGGUCAGCUCCUAAUUAUUGCUACAGGUAAUGUAUGCGUGGCAAUCAGAAAUUCUUGAAUGCCUUGCUUGAAAGUAAUUCAGAUUUUGAGGCCAAAAGAAAAACAUUUACGCUCCUUUACAGAAAACCUUUUAGUGAGAUGUAAUGUAUUAGUCAAAUUGACUGGUGACGAGAGUACAGCUGGAAUCUUCUGUUGUCUUUACCAUAUUUUACUUGAAUAAACACUGCAGCACUUAUUAAAUUUUUCAUGCCUCAAAUGCAGCACUUACUUGAGGGUGGCAUUCAUUUGAAAAUUGUCUUAAUUAUGGUAUUAUUAUUUUCCAUAUUAAAUUAACAGAAUUAACAUCUUUUGAUUUUGAUUAUUGGGCCAUAGCACUAAUUCUGGGGCUGCACUAAGUAACUUUCUUCUCCCAAAUACAGCACUUGAUUGGCGGCAGUGCUUAUUUGACUAAACAUGGUAUUGUGUGUUCUUUAGUCAUCUUUGAAUGAGAAGGAAACUGUUUUUUAUCUGGAUGAACGUGGUGACGGAGAGUGAAAGGAUACUUGGAAGGAGACUCUGGCAGUUAAUCAUAAUUUACCUUAGGCUCUUUUCAGCCCACGCUUAAUGUUACUUAAUAAAACAGGAAUGAACCUUAUGUUUUUCUUAAAAAGAUGCGUUUCUUUUGGCAUCUGUCUUAAUCAGCAUUGAUACUGAUGAUGUACUUUAUUUUGGUUGCUUUAGAUGUGGGAAUGUUGCCGCAAUAUUAGAACUGGAUGAACAUUUAAAAAGAGAAUUUACAAUAUUUGAAGCAGCACCUCAGGUGGGUUUAUUUGAUAUGACAUUCACUUUGUAAGGCUAUUUUUUUUUAAUUGUUAUGAGUUACUUUAAUAUGACAUUACUUAAAAGGCGCUUUCUACAGUAUAACUAACCGUUUAAAAUAUAGAUGACUUGGUUUGCAGCUGAGUUAAGUCCUCUCAGAAGGUACCCUACCAAUUUUUGGGUGGGCGUGUGCUCCCUUCCAGCAGAACCUUUCUGUCACUUGCUUGAAUUUGGUGUACUCAAGAAAGACUGUGCAUGAAUCAAGUAGGGUCUUUGUUGAGAAUGUGUUGCUUGUUGCUAGGAUACAGUUUUGAACCCAGGUGCUUGGUACAGUGGGGUUAUGACAAUUGACUAGUAUUUGCUAUUCUAAGUGGCUGGGCUCUCUUUUUUCGGUAUUUUCUUGGUGAUGCAGACGGGUGCAAUCACCAAAUGUCAUAGUACAAAAGAUUGAAAAGACAAUGAACAAUACCCUCAACACAACAUAAAAGCGAACCAACAAUAUUUUCCGCAACACCAAGAAACACCCCUUUUUUCCACCUAGUGUCAACCUUUUCUUUACUCUUCUGAAUGUGCCAAGGGCACCAAUAAAGAUAAAUUGUAAUUUGCAGGGCUCAAAGUUUAAAUUUGAGUUUGGGAGCACUUGUGCUACCAGAUGUAAAUUUUUAGGCGCACUGCCAAAAUUUUAGGCGCACAGCUGAACAUUUUAGGAGCACAGCUUAUAAUGUUGGGAGCAUCUAUUUCAAAAGAAUAAGUAAAAAGCUUAAAAGUGCCACGUUUAUUUGUCAUCUUCAGUUUGUUACUUUUACUUCAGUCCUGUCAUUGAUAAAACACAGCCGAUUUGCUAUGCAGUAAUACCGUUGUGAUAUUUAAUACUAAUUUCUCUUUUUGACAGUACAGUUGUGACUAAAGAAAACUUACACUUGAAAAACAAUUCAAAACUGACAACAAUGAGUGUGUCAAACGAGAAUGAAAAUUAAUCUUUAAUGAAUUCGUUAAAUGCGCACUGACUUACAUGUAACUGGAAUACGACUUUAAAAACUUUCUUACCUGGAAAAAAAGGCUCUUAAUCCGCACUGUUUUUGUUUUGAUUGACAUUAAAUUUGAACGUUCGACAUGAUCGUCCAUUACGCAAAAAGUGUGUGUUUCGUUCGUAGCAUAUAUUUCCAUGUAUCAGCGGUGUUUGUUACAAAACAGAAGAGUCUGGGAUGGAGUAAAACAUUGAAAUGAAAAAGAACAUUCGAGUUUGUAGAAUCCACUGUUUUUGUUUUGAUUGAUGUUAAAACUGAAAGUUCGACAUGAUCGUCCACUGCGCAAAAAGUACAGGUUUUUUUCGUAGCAUAUAUUUGCAUGUAUCAGUUCGAGUUCGUAAGUAUAGCCGGAUGUAAGUCAGUCGCACUGUGCUUUGGGUUUUACGGUGCACAGGUGCGAUUACACAUGAAUUUUUAGGCGCACAACCAAAAAUCCAGUCGCAUAUGUGACCAGUUAGUCGCUAACUUUGAGCCCUGAUUUGUGAUUGAUUAUCAUUAAAGAAUGCUCACUCUCGGAAAAUCACUUUGACCAGAUAACAAGGUCGACUUGUGCAGAAGUUCAGGUGUCAGCGACUUCAAAGGCUUGACACAAUUCAGGGAGAUCCUCCUUUUCUCUUCCUCACUUAAGAGGUCAAAAGGAGGCUGUGCUUGCAGGGUAGGGGGGUCAACCAGACCAUGUUUAGUUCCAACAAUUCCUACACUAUCCUAGACUGAGAACCUUUAUAUUCUCAAUAUCACUGAUCAAUUUUAGGUUUCUAGGAAACUGCCCACCUACCCCUCCCCUAAGCUGACAUUAACACUUACUUUUCACUUUGGGCAAAAUAAUGACUUAGGGGAGGGGUAGGUGGGCAGUUUCCAAGAAACCUAAAUUGAUCCCAAUUUUCUAUAAGUGAUACCCUAUUCUAGAUCAAAAUUCUUUGGUUUGUACACCCUGUUCCAGACUAAACUGCUUCCUGGAGAUCCUACCCCUCACAGUGACACAUUCCCAUAAUGCUCACAUACAUGUAAUCAUUAUGGUAGUACCCCACCCCACCUGACUGGGGUCGGAAGCUGAAGUCAUUCAUUUUGUAGGCAUUUUGUAUUUAUAGUAGUGCAAAUUGUUGCUCUCACUGGUAGUUUUUGUAACUCUAGUAUUAAUAUUGAUUUUCCUUUAGUUUGGCUUGAGCUCUGACUUUUAUUUGCAUGUAAUCAAUAUCUGAUUUCUUGUACAGGAGGUGAGAGGAUUGCCGACUAUCGCCAAGAAGCCUCAGCCAGAUUAUUUCCUCUGAAGUCUGUUUCUCCCUCCCCUGUUAUGGCUUCAAACCUCAUAUAUUAUACCCCCUACCUGGGAUGUUACUGCCUUGGGAUGAAAACUGAUUAUGUACCAGUUUAUUAUUCCUUCAAAUCACACGGCAGGACAUGGGCUGAGGAUUGA